UGCUUUUACCUACUGAGCAAGAGUGUGUUGGUCGUUUUCCCACCGUCGACCAUGUCGAAGCGCUAUAAAAGGGCCUCGACGGCCCUACAGGACAGCAUAUUUUUCUCCUUGUUCAUUGGAGUGGGUCGAUAAGCUGCUCCGUUCAUCUAUAUCUAUUGUCUGUCCUGUCGUCGACGGCUGGAUGUCCUAGAACGUAUUCUUUCUCCUACUCAGCCUCUGCCUUCUCCGUAUACUCUCCUGAAACAUGUCCACCGAAAUCGUCCCGUAUCCUGGCAGAAUGUAUGUAUGCCACAUUAAGGUUGACAGCGUGCCACCGCUCACACCAAAGUCGCCGCAGAAGCAGCCGCAGAAACAGCAGCAGCAGCAUCCACCGCCACCGCGGCCGCAUCAACCGCAGCAUCCGCAGCAGCAUGAGAAAAGCAAAGGCGGCGGUGGCGGUGGCGGCGGCAAAGCGGGGCGCGCAGCACUGCCGGCCAACGCACUGAACAAGCUGAGCAGCAGUGCUCGCGUGACCAGCGGUCCAGCGCUGCAGAGGGCCGGUAACGCCAACGCCGUCAUCCGGGUCACCAGCCUGGGCGGCGCGGGCGGUGGUCGUGGCGGCAAGGGACAUCACCGGUCUUUGGCGUACGGUGGCGCUGCUCACAACACGGGCGUGCCGCAGAGCGUUGGCGGAGGCGCGGGCAGUUUUGCCGAUCUGCGAGAGCUGGGUCUGGACUGCGUGCACGUCGGCCAGUGCUGGCUGGACACAGGCAUAGCACUGGUCGGUGACAAGAAUGUCUCAUUCCGCCUCUACUGCCAGCGGGAGAACACCAACCAAUACCUGGACCAGCACAACUCACUAGUGAUCCGCCUGGGUAGUGGCGGACGCAUGCGCCAGAUCAGCGAUGGCGACUGCCUGAUCAAGCUGCGGGCGCGCAUCGAGGUGUCGAAGAAGGGCCACGCGCACUGGACGGCCAUUGACUGCGUGUGCGUGAUCAGCAAGAACCCCCUGCCCGUGCUCGUCAGCUGCGGUGUGGCAGUGCUAAAGCGACAUCCGAGCACUGGCAAGUGCAUGAUUGCUAUGAAACGCUGCGGUCAGUCAAUUGGAUUCGUGUCCAUGCGUCGGCAACUGAAGCGCUACUUCUCGGCACUGGCUGCUUACCGCGAGCCACUGGUCUCCCCACAGGACAUCGCCGCUCACUUUGACAUGUGCUGCAACUUUGAGCUGGACCUGCUCAGCAAGCCGCUGACGGUCUCCAAUGUCAAAUGCCUGUUCGAGAGCCGCUCGUCCGGGCCCGUCACGUACAACGAGGCGUGGACCAGCAUGUUUGAGAAACAUCAGAUGUUCCGCAUCCCGGCACUGACCGUACUGGAGGUGUGGGCGCGGAUGAGCCUGCAGCGGCGCACCGACAGCCUGGAGGACCUACGCCGACCGUGGACCCUGCCCAAGGGUAACUUCCGGCACAUGGCGGCGAGCGGCUUUCAGACGGCGAGCCAGUGCGCCGUGCGCGAACUCAAGGCUGAGACGAGCCUGGAGUGGAACGUGGACGACUGCACGCAAGCACCAUCGGUCACCGUGGCACUCAAUGACAGCGCGGUGGCUGUUGAGAAAUUCUUUCUGUGGCGUAAUGACACGCUGCCGGAGAACGGUGGACAGGUCGGCGAGAAGUACUGGCAGUGGUUUGAGUUCGACGAGGCCAAGCGACGGUCCAUGACUGCCGCAGCCAUCAUCACCACUGCCCAGUGCCACAAGCUGAUGGGACUGAAGGACGCCAGGAGCAGCCUGCCUAUCCUGCAGCUCGCCAUCAAGCCCUCAAUCGGCAAGAAGGACGCCGCCGUGGACAAACUUGACGAUCAGGUGCCGGCAGCAAGCACGGACGGCGAGAACACGGUCGAAUCGCCAUCUGCAUCUGCAUGUGAAUCCGCAGAUGAACCGGUGAUCGUUUGUGGAAAGGAGAUAAUCAUCAGGGAGUCAACCGAUGAAGAGAAGAGCGAAAACUUCGUCGAGGACUUGAAAACUGAGAAGAUAAAUUCCGAGGUGAGCACCCUGGGUGAAGAAACCGGAACCAGUGAUGACGAGGCACCCAAGCGACCAUCUAUUGACGACAUCCCUAGUCCCAAGAAGGAUUUUCCCAACCUGUUGAAUGGCAGUGGUCUCGGUGCAAUACCCAGCAUGCUUCCUGAUGUGAACGAGAAUGACCUCACAAGGCGUCCUAACAACAUCCAGAUCAUCAAUGGCCGGAGAGCAGCCACGAGCCCGAGCGCUCUCUCCGCUAUUUCGGAAGGCACCGAGGAGGGUGAAGCAAGUGGCUUAGAGGGAGAGAGGGAGCCUGUGUGUCUGUAACUGUUCAGUUCAGUUCAGUUCUGCCGCCACUCCAACGUCUCGUGGUAACUUGAGAGAGAAGAGUCUGACAACCGCGGGUGGCCGCACGAUCAAUGAACAACCGACUUCGACCCCGGAUGAGGUUAUAACCUGUCACUUGCCUGAACAAUCUGUUACGUGCAUUGGAAUGCACACGCUCAAAGUUCUACAAAAAUUGUGUUUCUUUUUCGGAUAUACGUGUAGCCUACGGAGAGAAAACCACUAACUUGUAUUUAAUAAUCUGACGUUUCUGCAUCUCACCGUUGCUUUUAAUUUUAAUGGUCGCACCCGUUGCCCUGGUUAACUUUUUCACUUGCGCACAGUUGUUCUUCUGCCCCCAAGGUCUUUGGUCCUACACUGCGAAUUUUUCUUCCUGAUUAGAAGCUAACACUGGCAUUGUUUCUAUCCCCUUCCCUAGCUGCCCAUGCCCACAUUGUUGGCUUGUUCCAGUCUGGUUUCCGACUGAUCUUAGAGCCCCCUCCCUUCCCUUCCCUCCCGAUUUGUUUUGUGCUGUUGACUGGUUUUUGACUUUUCCUCUUGUUUUUUUUUCUCUUUCUUCAGUGGUACCUUGUUGUUCCUAGAUUUGUUUAGCAGUAGAAUUAGUGUUAUUUCCUGAAUCAAAAGGACACACAUAAUGUAUUAAAAAAAUAUUUCUAUUAAAUUUAUGAAUUAAGAAAAGGUUGA